AUGUUCCAUUUCAGGUAACCUUCCGACCUGACUUGAAACGGUUCGGCCUGAAAAACUCUUACCGAUGACGUCAUCGAUCUUCUGAAGCGCAGAGUUGUCGACGUCGCGGCAACCCUCCCAAAUGACGUCAAAGUCUUUUUGAAUGGAGAAAAAAUUCAGGUUACUUUCAAGAUUUCUUCAAGAUUUUCUAAGAAAACUAUUGCUAGCCUUAUUUUUCCCAAACUUUGCAGAUCCGCGGCUUUCGCGAAUAUGUCCAAGCGUUUUCUGGCGCUUCAGCCUCCGAUAUUUUGUUCCGAAAUCCGUCGAGCCGCUGGAACGUCGCUGUUUCUAUGAGAAAUGCGGAUUCUAACCUGCCUGGAGCCGUUAGCUUCGUUAAUAAUGUCGCGACUACUAAGGUUUUCCUUCAAACAGAAGCUGGUUAGGGAAAAAGAGCCGCAAAAUGGAAUUUUGACGGUAGUUUUUUUUAUUAAUAAAGGCAGAACAUCACUCGAAAGAAACAGAAUGAAUUAAUUUUUGAAGCUAUUUUGGAGUAGUAUUUGCGCACCAGGGGUAACUCUGGACAGUAAAUGAAAAAUCGGCUAGAAGAAAUGUUCAGUUCGCAUGGUUUAAUAGUUCUCGAACAGAAAAAAUGAGGAGGAUACAGAGCCUGACUCGAAUUGGUCGACUUUUAUGAAAUUUCAUUUUCAACCUUGAAAAAACGCAAAUGCCGAAGUAACGGCUACUUUUUUGAAUUUUUUUUAGGGUGGAAUUCAUGUUGACUACGUCAUGGAUCGAUUGAUCGAGAUUUUGAAACCGGCGAUCGAUGAGAAAAUCAAUAAUCCUUCGAAAAAUGACACAGGAAAGAAGACUGGAGUUAAACCACUCAUGGUGAAAAGUUCAAUAAAAUUGAAAAUCAAAAAUAAAAAUAACAGAUCAAAUCGAAUCUGUCGCUUUUCGUCAAUUGUUUCAUUGAAAACCCGUCGUUCGAUAGUCAGACCAAGGAGGUUUUGACGACGAAAUCCAAAAAUUUCGGGUCGAGUUUUGAGUUUGACAGGAAGGUUUCAGAAUUUUAAAAAAGAAUUGAGAGAUAAAAUUAAUUUAUAGGAGCUUCUUACUUGGGCGAAUCGCAGUGGUUUUGUCGACUCCAUUAUUGAUCAGCUGAAAAAUCGAAAAGUUGACGUUUUUACUGAUAAUAUAAAAUUCAUGAAAAUAAAUUCUAGAUUACUCAAAAGUCAGUCAAAUCCAAGCCGGAGUCUCUUUCGGAUAUCGUCAAGUUGGAAGACGCUGAAUGGGCCGGAAAUUCAGAUGCGAAAAAGUCGAGUCAAUGUACUUUGCUGGUCACGGAGGGUAUAAUAUUAUGAAUUUUUGAGAAAUCAAUAAGUUUCAAGCUAAAUUUUUGUUUUCAUAGCCAAAUUCAUCAUAAUUUUUACAAAUACGAUAACUUACAGAAUGGCUAGAUUUCUGAGCAAACUGGAAAAAUGAAAAUAUGAGAAAAAUCUUGAAUUUUUUUUUGUGUUCCUGAAAAAACUUCAAGCACACAUCUUUUCAGGAGAUUCGGCGAAAGCUUUGGCUCUUUCUGGUCUGGAAGUCUUGGGACGGGAAAAAUUCGGUGUUUUUCCACUACGUGGCAAAGUUGUCAAUGUUUCACAGUUGGAUGAAGCCAAAGUUUAUCCUCUUUUAAAUUUUUUUCCCAAAUUUUCCAUGAUUUCAGGUCAGGGAGAACGCCGAAAUCAAUAAUUUGAUGCGCAUUUUGGGGCUGAGAUUCGAAGAAAAUUAUGAGAGCGCAGCGUCGCGGGAAAGUCUGCGCUAUGGGAAAUUGAUGAUUCUGGCGGAUCAGGUAGGAAAAAUGAAAUAAUAAAAUGGAAAAAAAGUAAAACGCUAUCAAUAACUUGAAAAAAAUGUAAAAAUUUUUCAAAAUUAGCAAGAACAAUGAGAAAAUUUUAUUUAUUUUUACAGUCACCUACCCAAACUUUUAUUAAAAUUGAAUAUACCAAAGUUGAAUCUUGGGAAAAUAUGGGACUGCCAAUUUUUGAGCUUCGAAAUUUGGGACUGCCAAUUUUACGAUAGAAAUUUUGGGACUGCCAAUUUUUAAGCUUUGAAAUUUGGGACUGCCAAACUUUAAUUUUGAGAAAUUUGGGUCUGCCAAUUUGUGAGCUCAAAAUUUUGGGACUGCCGAUUUUACGGUAGAAGGCUUGGGACUACCAAUUUUUGAGCUCAAAAUUUUGGGACUGCCAAUUUUUAAGCUUUGAAAUUUGGGACUGCCAAUUUUACGAUCGAAAAUUUGGGACUGCCAAUUUUUAAGCUUCGAAAUUUGGCACUGCCAAAUUUUAAUUUUGAGAAGUUUGGGUCUGCCAAUUUGUGAGCUCAAAAUUUUGGGCCUGCCAAUUUUACGAUAGAAGGUUUGGGACUACCAAAUUUUGAGCUCAAGGUUUUGCGACUACUAGACUUGCUAUUUUUCUUUCAAAAAAAAAUGACAAGAUGUGUUUUAUUUCUCAGGAAAAUAUAGAAAAAUUUGAAAUUUUUUUUUUGAGCCGUGAUUGUUAGUUUUUUGGUCACCAUGGACAAUAUUUUCUUAUUUGGGGUGAGAGUUAUUCCAAAACGCUCUGAAAAGUGGCUCCAGCAAGGCAGAACCUCAAGAGAGCUAGCCUAUCGAGAAUUCACUCCAAACUUCCAACUAGAGAAAUGUUUUAGGACGAGGACGGCAGUCACAUCAAAGGCCUCAUCAUCAAUUUUAUCCACAAAUUUUGGCCGAAACUCCUCGCCACCGAGUUCAUCUGUGCGUUUCGAACGCCUUUGCUGAAGGUUCCAAAAAAAAAACCCUCUAAAUAAACUUUAUACCAUUUUUUCAGGCCAAGAGAGCCAAUGAGACAAUCCCCUUCUAUUUUCUAAGGGAUUUUCGCAAAUGGCAGGAGAAUUUGAACGAGAAGGAGGCUAGAAAGUAUACUAUCAAGUAUUAUAAAGGAUUGGGUAUUUUUCAUUCAUUUAUCCUUUACUGUUAAUUUUUUUUCAGGAACUUCAACGGCCGUCGAGGCGAGACAGUACUUCUCGAAUCUGGAUCAUCAUGUUGUCAAGUGA